CGUGUUGCGCAUGCAGGAGCUCCCCCCUCAACCCGUAUUCUGUUUUGUUUCUUUUCCCUGUCCAUGGUUUAGGGUAAUGAGGUGUUUGGGUAGUUAGUAUCAUGCAGCUGAACUCUGAAGUCCAACCAUGCAGGAAUGCUCGCUUGCGGCAUCGGGUGAUGAGAUGAUGGGAACAGGUGUAAAUGGGUGUCGACAACGUCGUGAUUUCAAGGCUUGAAUUUCUCAGCGGCAAGAUCCAAAUGUGAGAGAUUUGUGGGUUUGAAUUCUUGCCAAAUUUCAGAUCCUGUGCACAGCUCUAUUUGAUGUGAUGAAUAUGCGAGAAGCGCGGAUAGGAGCAUCCAACAAGGAGAGUGCACAGUGAUGUUCCUCCAAUUCAUAAAAGAUCGCUGUAAGUCGGAGUAAGUUGAGUAUCUUCCGGCCUUUUCGUGCCAAAGUCAAAUCUAAUUAGAGAUGCUAGUACAAGGCUGCAGGUAGACUAAACGCAGAAUGUGAAAAAGAAGGGCACUGUUUUCUUGACGUGGCGGAGUCUUAGUUUGGGUUGCUGGCUUGCAAGCAAUGAGAGCAUGCAUGCGAUGGUCCACAUUGCCCUCCACCCCGUCCCCUCACACUUUCAUUAAAAAUAUUCUACCCUCAACCCUUUCAAGCUUUCUUGAGCAGAUUUCAAACGAAGAGGAAUUGGUGUUUUCCUCAACCAAGGUGACACAAAGUGCGUACGGUCACAGUAGCGAGUGUCAGGAAAUCGCGUUUCGUGAAGGUGGAACUUAAGAAUUACAUUUGGUCACCAAACUGUAAGCCCGCUUUGAGUAUCAAGCGGAAACUUCUACCGAAGGUCCGUUACUGCGAAGGUGAAUCCAAACGAGUGGUCCCAUGAUCACAACUCAAAAACUGACUGGCGAUCUCGCGGACGACGGUUGGAAGGGAGCUUCAGACGAUUGCAACAUGGAAAAUUUAAAGAAUUCGGAAUCUUGCGAUCCAAGCUCUUUCCUACGGCAUUUUCGGAAAUCUUCCGCUACGCCUGUGAUGCUAUUGCGUCAUAUUGCUCAGGCCAUGGCGACCGAGAUGCAAGAGGGUCUUGACCAUCCUGGCGAGCGCAAGCUGAAAAUGCUCCCCACGUAUCUCGAAUGCUUGCCUACAGGGAAUGAAAGAGGGUUGUUUUACGCCAUUGACUUGGGAGGUACUAACUUCCGAGUAUUGCGAGUACAACUAGAUGGGAAGGAAGGGCGCAUCCUGAAGCAGGAAUCCAUACAAGUUCCCAUUCCUCAAGAAGUAAUGACUGGAAGCAGUAAGGAUCUUUUUGGCUUCCUUGCCAAGACUAUUGUUCAAUUCGUAUCCAGAGAAGCAGACCUUGGCUUUGAGUGUGUAGCACUCAAUCAGAAACGGGAUAUAGGCUUCACGUUCUCAUUUCCUGUCAAUCAAACAAAAGUCAACGGAGGCUCUAUCAACGCAUGGACCAAAGGCUUUUCCAUCAGUGAUGGGGUUAAUGAUACAGUAGGGACUUUGGCACAGUGCAGAUACUGGAACGAUGAUGCAAUGGUGGGCGUCAUUUUGGGCACAGGAUCAAAUGCCUGCUAUGUUGAGCGUGCUGCAGCCAUAUCGUGCUGGAGCAGUCCUCCAGAAGCCGAUGAUUUGACGGUUGUAAAUAUUGAAUGGGGCAAUUUUUGUUCUGAACUUCUUCCUCGGACGUUUGCCGAUGAGGGGUUGGAUGCAGAUAGUUUGAAUCCUGGUCAACAGGAAUUCGAGAAAAUGAUCGGCGGUAUGUACUUGGGUGAAAUUCUUCGCCGUGUGCUGCUCAAGAUGGCCGAAGAUACAGGCCUGUUCGGCUCGGAAAUUCCAGAAAGACUGACGAAGCCUUUCAGCCUUCUGACUCCUCACAUGUCGACAAUGCACGGUGAUGAUACUUCUAGCUUGGAAGUGGUGGGUUCUGUGAUUGAAGAAGCCAUUGGGGUGAAAUAUACAACGCUAGCUACACGGAAAGUCGUGUACGACGUGUGUGACAUCAUUGCGGAAAGAGGUGCUCGACUCUCAGCUGCAGGGAUUGUGGGAAUCCUGACGAAGAUUAACAGAUGUGGAGAUUUAAUGCUCAGUUGCCUCACUACACCAAACGACACUGAAGUAAAAAAGACAGUUAUUGCCAUAGACGGUAGUUUAUAUGAGAAGUACCCUAAGUUUCGGAACUACAUGGAAGACGCCAUGAAGGAGAUGUUGGGCGAAGACUAUGCCAACAAUGUGACAACUACACUAUCCAAAGACGGGUCGGGAGUUGGAGCCGCGCUUCUUGCAGCCGCUAUUUCUACUGAGCUACGAUUGGGCGACGUUGGAGUCACCAAGUGAUAGAAAGGACAUUGUUAGAUACAUCCUGUACAUUGCGUAAAGGUCAGGCACCCUCUAAUCUGAACAAUGCUUUAGUUGAGUGAAAGUGAGCGCCAUUUUACACCGUCUAGGAUUGAACAUGCCAGAGCUGUUUGAGCGGGAAAAAAUUGGUCAGAGUUCUGAUGACCACAGGAAAGAAGUCCAGCAUGUAAUGUGGGUUAAUGCGCAAUGGUUACAUCAAACAGGACUGUUUAUGUACGUAAUGUGCACUUCCAGCUGCGGAUUUUCAGCUGAAGUGCAGUCACAGCUGAUGGCCUACAUCACAAAAGUGAACCCUUGAAGUUACCGCAAGUAUUAAUGUUGAAGCUUGAGUAUCUAACUCAGCAAGUAUCUUCUUCUCUUA